AUGGGUUACAAUCUACUUUACCAUAAGGCCACCCUGGAUCCAGAAGUUGGAAUCAUUGUUGGGGCCUUGGUGGGUACCCUAGUAGGUGCUGCCAUUAUCACCUUUGCGGUGUGCUACGCAAGGAGCAAGGCAAAGGCAAAGGGGAAUGAAAGGAAGAGAACUUCUAAAACCACCACAGAACUCGAACCAAUGACAAACAGAGUUACAGAGUUCGAGACAAUGCCAUCUGAAGAUGUUAUUCAACUAGAAGCAACACCAACUUCCUUCCAUGAGAUUGAACCCGAUACCAUCCUGGGGGCAGAUCAUGGGCCUAUCACCAUUCCUGAGUCUUCCCUGGAGCCUGCCCCAGGACCUGAGCCUGCCCCGGUGCCUGAGCUUGAGAUCCAGCUGGAGCCCAAGCCCAAACCCGAGCCCAAGCCAGAGCCCGGGAUUGCAAUUGAAGCCUUGGGUGAUAAGGAAAAACCAGAAUAAGUCAUAGGCUGGUAGCCUAACUGCAGUGUUUAUCACUAAGGAACCCAUUACUGGCGCUUAGAAUUCAGUUGACCUAACCAAUCACCCACUACCUCCCUCCAUUCUGACCAACCCUCUUUUAACAAGGUGCUCCUACCAUCAAUCCAAAAUAAACAGGUCAAGAUAACUACUAAAUAAAUGCAAGGGUUCCUGCCUUACCAGUAAAAUGUACUUACAAUUUUACUAACACAUAAACAUAACUAAUUAUAAAA